UUGCACUGGUAACAACGAAAGCUUCCGUUGCGAUCUACAUAACCAACAGAGUGAUCUUCUGCAGAUGCAGUUGCCAGAACGAUUAAAUUUUCAGUGUUGUGUUUAUGGUUAUUUUCCAUCUCACAUACGUUUUUAUUUAAAGGCUAGAGCACAUGUGCCAUUUUUUCUAAACGUAUAACCAAUGUUCGUCAAGUCAAGAAGGGAAAGAUGCCACUUGGAUUAGAAGAUACUCGGAAGGAUUUUAUCCUCACUACAGCAGCAAAUUAUUUUGGGUUUAAGCCAUCGGACCCAGUUGUGUCAUCAGGUGGUGAGAGCCGAGAGCUGAACAAUUUUUUAGAUGAUGGAAAUGAAUUUGUGCUCUGUGUGCAAAAGCAUGGAACCGAUCUGCUCAUAUCUAACAAGGUGGAUUCAGGUGACACUGAAGACAAAGUGCUGGUUUUUUUCAAGUUGUGUCCUGAUGUUAUAACAGAAGACAAUCUCCACAGUAAUAUUCUGGUCUCUUCGAUGAUAGACUCUCCCAUCAACACACUCUAUCAGGCUGUUCGGCAGGUGUUUGCACCUGUACUUUUAAAGGAUGAGAAGUGGAGUCAGAACUUUGAUCCCAAACUACAGAACCUCCUGACAGAGCUGGAGAUGGGAUUGGGCUCAGCUGUCAGGAGAACUGAUCCAUAUUACACUGGAAAGAGAGGCUUGAAAGAUGAUGAUGUUUUGGGUAUUAUGACACCAUGUGAUGAAUUUAACUAUUGGGCAGAGCUUUCUCGGUCUGCUGUGAAGUCUAAUAUGAGAGACAGAGCUGCACAUUUCAAUGAUCUGUUUCAACCACUUGAAAAGGAUUACAGCUGUCUGGAUAAUGUUUCACUGGAUGAUGCAGUGAGUUUGGUAAAUGCCACAAGGGAAACAGUGGAUGAUGUUUGGAGACAGACUGAGCACGACCCUUACCCACAAACACGGAUGCAACGUUUGAUGGAUGUCAUUGGUUCUGCCCUGGGGAGGUAUGUGCAAAAGAAGCUGGACUCUGUGAAGCUGUGGGAUGACCCCUUCCUCUCUGUUAAAGAGAGCCUCCAAGCAGGCAUUUCUGUCUGUGAGCAGUGGGUAGGGGCUUGCGAACAUCUGACUGGACAGCUGUGGAAACGUUACACCCCUCAUCAGUGGCAGGGUGAACAGUACUACCCAGAAAGACUUGGGAAGCUGGCUAAACGUCUUGAAGAGGUCUUAACAGUUCGCACUGUGCAUGAGAAGUUACUUCGUCUUUUGCCACCUGGUAAACAGCAAUUGCUUUCCACAGCCUGUGCUUUUGAACCUUUUGCUGGGCUUAAUGCUUUGCACUAUAACCCAUACACUGAGCAAUUAUGGAGGGCUGCAGUGUCACAGUUUGAGCGAGCCAUUGCACCUGCAGAACAAGAAAUUGCUAGCAAGUUAAAAGCCUGCAUUAUGGAUGUUCAGGACAGCCCACAGCAGCUUCUGCAAGCUUUUCGGAAAUACAAAGAACUUAUCAAAAGACCAAAUAUUAGUAAGGAUCUGAUUUCUGAAAGAGAAACAUUACUGGCAAGACUUCUGGACUAUACCAAAGGGCUCCGCACAGAUUUUGAGAAUCGAUGUCAUGGAGUGCCAGGCGAGAAAUCGGGGCCCCUGGCUGGCAGAAAUCUCCCUGAAGUUGUUAACAACAUUGUGUGGGUCAGGCAUCUGGUUUUAAAGGUGGAGGAUUCCAUCAAAAUUGCGGGAGCCCUAUUAUCCGACCUGUCUGGGUUUCGUUCUUUUGUAAGAUAUUCAGAUGAUCUUCAGGAGCAGCUCAGAAUCUAUGAGCAGGAUCAGUUUGAUGAUUGGUCCAGAGAGGUCCAAUCAAGACUAUCUGAUCCAAAAUCUGGCAUCAGCUUACAAGCCAGUAAUCGUGUCAUGGAACUGGAUCAUACUGAUGGCAAGCUGAAGAUCCACUAUUCAGACCGCCUGGCGACUCUUUUGCGAGAAGUUCGACAGCUCUCUGCACUAGGAUAUGCUGUUCCUGCUAAAAUCCAACAGGCCUCCAGCACAGCAGAGAAGUUUUACAGACAAGCUCUAAUCCUCAAACAGGUUGCACAUUUUUACAACACCAUAGAUCAGCAGAUGAUACCUUCCCAACGACCGAUGAUGUUGAACUAUGCAUUGGCCUUUGAACAAGUGAUUAAGAAUCCUAAAGCUCAUUCGCGUGACUCUGGGGGAAAAGUGCAGAUCACCUGGGAUAAUCCUAAAGAACUGGAGGUAUAUAUCACUAAGCUACAAACUGCUGCUGAGCGCCUUUCUACUGAGAAUAGAAAGUUGAGGAAGUGGCAUGUGGACUUCAUGGAAAAGGUUGUCACAUUGAUGAAUGUGGAUCUCCUUCGGCACCAGCAGCGAUGGAAAGAUGGGUUACAGGAACUGCGCACAGGGUUUGCCACUUUGGAAUCACAGGGUUUUCGUUUGGGUGAUAUGAAACCUUGGAGGCAGCACUGGAACCAUCAGCUGUACAAAGCUUUGGAGCAUCAAUACCAAGUUGGGCUGGAGGCACUCAAUAAAAAUCUGCCAGAAAUAAAUAUUGACUUGACCUUCAAGCAGGGGAGACUGCAGUUUAAGCCUCCCUUUGAAGAAGUCCGUGCCAAGUACUUUAGAGAGAUGAAGAGGUUUAUCUCAAUUCCAAAUCAAUUCAAGGGAGUGAGUGAACCUGGAGAGGAGCUUAUCUUCUCAAUUAUGAUUGACAGAAAUGCUAGCGGCUUUAUCACCAUCUUCAGUAAAGCAGAAGACCUCUUCAGAAGGCUGGCACGAGUGCAGGAUAAGUUCAAGGAAUGGGUUGUGUUCGGUCAAGUGGAUAUUGAAGCUUUAGUAGAAAAACAUCUCCACACUGCCCAGGAUUGGGAAAGGAAUUUUAAAGCACUGAAAGCCAGAGGAAAAGAAUCAGAACGAUUGCCAAGCACAGAGAAGGUGGAUUGUAUAACAAUCAAUUGUGAUCCCGUGAAGGCAGUGAUUGAUGAUUUAAUUCAGAGACUGUUUGAUGCGCUCCUCAUGUCUUUGAGGAAAUCUAUUCAAGCCCAUGCACAGGAUAUUGACAGCUUUCUUACUGAAGCGAUGGAAAUCUUAUCAACCAGACCAGAAAGCAUUGAUGAAAUUGGCGAGGCCAAUAUGAAACAUGGAGAGCUGAAAGCUAAGAAGCCAGAAAUUUUACCCCUUUUCCAAGAAUCUGAAGAUAAAAACCGAUUGCUGCGGUCUGUUGCCGGUGGAGGUCUUGAUACGAUCAGUACUUUGAGAGCUAAAUGGGACAAGUUUGAAUUAAUGAUGGAGAGCCAUCAGCUUAUGAUCAAAGAGCAGGUAGAAGUCAUGAAAUCAAAUGCGGAGUCUCGGAUUAAGGUGUACCAGAAUGAGCUUGAGAAAUUUAAAGCCCGUUGGGACCAACUGAAGCCAAAUGAUGACAUAAUUGAAUUCGGAGAUCAGGAGACCCUUCAAAAGUGUGUUCAGACCAUUAAAGAUAAGAAGCUCGAAUUUGACGAACUGGAAAAUACAAGGAAAAAAAUACUUGAGGACUGCCAUCACUUUGAUUUGGAAGAGCCAGAGUUUUCUCUUGCACAUGAAAUAAUCAAAGAUAUUGAGGAAUUUGUGCAGAUGUGGUCACUUUAUGAAGAAUAUCAUGAAGGGCUCCAGGAGAAAGCAAAGGAAGACUGGAUCAGUUUCAGGAGCAAGACGUUUAUUUUUGAAGAAUUUCUGUUUAUGUGGCAUGACAGACUUCGAAAGCUAGAGGAGCACACAACAAUGACUGUAAAACUGCAGAAAGAGAUUGACAAAUACAAGAUGGUGGUUCCUGUUUUAAAGUAUGUGCGUGGAGAGCAUCUUUCUCAGGAUCACUGGCUAGAUCUGUUUCGUCUUCUUGGGCUUCCCAGGGGCAGCACACUAGAAAAGCUUGUGUUUGGGGAUUUGCUUAAAGUUGCUGACUCAAUUGUGGAGAAGGCUUCAGAACUGAAAGACCUCAAUAGCCGGGCUCAGGCAGAAGUCACCAUUCGAGAGGCUUUAAGGGAAUUGGACUUGUGGGGAAUAGGAGCUGUUUUUACACUCACUGACUAUAUGGAUAGUCAGAACAGAUCCAUUAAGCUUAUUAAGGACUGGAAGGAUAUUGUAAACCAGGUGGGGGACAAUCGCUGCCUGCUGCAGUCCCUGAAGGAUUCCCCAUAUUACAGGAGUUUUGAGGACAAAGUGUCCAUCUGGGAGACCAAGCUAGCUGAUCUAGAUGAGUACCUGCACAACUUGAAUGCCAUUCAGAGGAAAUGGGUGUAUUUAGAGCCAAUUUUUGGACGUGGAGCCUUGCCUAAGGAACAGGCACGGUUCAGGAGAGUGGAUGAAGAUUUCAGGUCUAUAAUGGCAGAUGUGCAAAGGGACAGUAGGGUCACAUCACUGAAUGCCAGAGCAGGGAUCAGGAAUUCUCUGAUCAACAUACUGGAUCAGCUGCAGAGGUGCCAAAAAUCACUGAAUGAAUUUCUGGAGGAGAAACGUUCUGCAUUCCCACGGUUCUAUUUCAUUGGGGAUGAUGACCUACUGGAGAUCCUUGGACAAGCCACAAACCCUGCUGUAAUUCAAACGCACUUAAAGAAGCUGUUCGCUGGUAUCUGCAGUGUUGACUUUGAUGAAGGUUUUCAGCACAUUACUGCAAUGAAAUCCCUAGAGGGUGAAGUUGUUCCUUUAAAAAACAAAAUCCGCAUUUCAAAUGAUGUAGAGGUCUGGCUGAGUGAUUUAUCUGUAGAAAUGAAAGAAACCUUGAAACAACUGCUGUACGAGUGUGUUUCUGCUGGGAGGAGGUCUGGUAUUGAUCCUUCAAGCUUUCCAUCACAGAUUUUGUGCUUGGCUGAGCAGAUACAGUUCACCGAAGAUGUCGAGAAUGCCAUUAAAAAUCAAAACCUUCAGCAACUGGAGGUUGAAUUGAUGGAUAAGUUGGAGAAUUACACAAACGUGGAUACCAGCAAUGAAGAUUCAGGAAGCACUUAUGCUAGUGUUCUCCAGUUGAAAUUGAAAGCUCUCAUUCUAGAUGUUAUUCAUAACAUUGAAGUUGUGAAGCAGCUUAAAGAAGCACAAAUACAUAACUGUGAGGCCUGGGUCUGGAAAAAGCAGCUCCGGUUCUAUCUGAAACAGGACAAGAGAUGCUAUGUUCAAAUGGUGGAUGCUGAAUUCCAUUAUACCUAUGAAUACCAGGGUAAUGCACCCAAGCUGGUUCACACUCCUCUGACAGAUAAGUGUUAUCUUACUCUAACACAAGCCAUGAAGAUGGGCUUAGGAGGAAAUCCCUAUGGACCUGCUGGUACUGGCAAGACCGAGUCUGUGAAAGCAUUGGGUGGAUUGUUUGGGAGACAAGUACUUGUUUUUAACUGUGACGAGGGCAUAGAUGUGAAGUCUAUGGGGCGCAUCUUUGUUGGUCUGGUGAAGUGUGGAGCCUGGGGCUGCUUUGAUGAAUUCAAUCGGCUGGAAGAGGCUGUGCUGUCGGCUGUCUCCAUGCAAAUUCAGGCCAUUCAAAACUCUUUAAAAAACCAAAGGAGCACAUGUGAACUUCUGGGGAAAGAGGUGGAACUUGAUCCCAACUCCGGCAUUUUCAUAACCUUGAACCCUGCAGGGAAAGGUUAUGGAGGAAGACAGAAACUUCCUGAUAAUCUGAAACAGCUUUUCAGGCCUGUGGCCAUGUCUCGCCCUGACAAUGAACUCAUUGCCGAAGUCAUUUUGUACUCGGAGGGCUUUAAAGAUGGCAAGAUUUUAGGCCGAAAACUAGUUGCCAUCUUUAAUCUCUCCAGGGAGCUUUUAACCCCCCAGCAGCACUAUGACUGGGGGCUGAGAGCUCUGAAGACUGUUCUUCGGGGAUGUGGAAGUCUGCUGCAACAACAGAGGAAAAAUGAAAGCAAAGAGAAAAUUAAGGAAAGUCACAUUGUGGUUCAGGCCUUGCGUCUGAAUACCAUGUCCAAACUGACAUUUGCCGACAGCUCUCGCUUUGAUGCCCUGGUGAGAGAUGUGUUCCCUGGUGUGGACUUUACAGAUGUGGAAUAUGAAAAGCUCACUGCUGCCUUACAAGCUGUCUUUGAGGAGGCAAAGCUGGAAAUAAUCCCAAAUCAGAUCAAGAAAGCCCUCGAGCUUGAUGAACAGCUCCGGCAGAGAAUGGGGGUCGUCAUUGUAGGCCCUAGUGGUGCAGGGAAGUCAACCCUGUGGCGCACGCUGAGGGCAGCUCUCGGCAGGAUAGGCAGAGUCGUGAAGCAAUACACCAUGAACCCCAAAGCUAUGGCUAGACAGCAGCUCUUAGGACACAUUGACAUGGACACUAGGGAGUGGUCAGAUGGAGUCUUGACCAACAGUGCCAGGCAGGUUGUUCGUGAGGCACAAGAGGUCAGCUCCUGGAUUAUCUGUGAUGGUGAUAUUGACCCUGAGUGGAUUGAGUCAUUGAACUCAGUGCUGGAUGAUAACAGGCUUCUCACCAUGCCCAGUGGGGAAAGGAUUCAGUUUGGACCUAAUGUUAACUUUGUGUUUGAGACCCAUGACCUGAGCUGUGCAUCCCCAGCUACUAUAUCAAGAAUGGGAAUGAUUUUUCUGAGUGAUGAAGAUACAGAUAUAAAUUCUUUGGUGAAAUCUUGGUUGAAGACACAGACUGAUGAAUGUAGAAGUAAUCUUGAAAACUGGAUUGGAGACUACUUUGAAAAGGGUUUGGACUGGGUUCUAAAGCAGAAUGAUUUUGUUGUGGAUACAAGUCUGGUGGGCACAGUUUUGAACGGCUUAUCUCAUCUCAGUGGUGUCCGAGAACGAGGCCAAUUUGUGGUCAAUUUAAUUAGGGGUCUUGGUGGAAACCUGAAUUUUAAAUCCCGGCAGGAAUUUGCAAAACAGGUUCUCAGCUGGGCAAGGGAAAGUCCACCUGAUCUCCGCAAGCCCCUUGACACUUUCUAUGAUCCCGGGACUGGACGUUUGGCAGCAUAUCAGCUGCAGAAGCCAGAGAACUUGUCUGCAGAGGAUUUUAGUAAUCCUCAAAAACUCCCUGUCGUUCAGACACCUGACAUGCAGAGAGGCUUGGAUUACUUCAGACAGUGGCUCUGCAGUGAAAACAGACAGCCUUUUAUAUUAGUAGGUCCUGAAGGCUGUGGAAAAGGGAUGCUCUUGCAUUAUGCCUUCUCCCAGCUCAGAUCAACCCAGGUUGCCACUGUGCACUGUAGUGCACAAACCUCUUCUCGACAUGUUCUCCAAAAAUUAACACAGACCUGCCUGGUUAUCAGCUCCAACACAGGAAGAGUUUACAGGCCUAAAGAUUGCGAACGUCUUAUUUUGUACCUAAAGGACAUCAACCUUCCAAAACCAGACAAGUGGGGAACCAGUAAUCUUAUUGCCUUUCUUCAGCAGGUGCUGACGUACCAUGGUUUCUAUGAUGAAAAUCUGGAGUGGGUUGGACUGGAGAAUAUACAGAUUGUGGCUUCAAUGUCUGCAGGAGGUACAGUGGGGAGGCAUGCUCUCACAUCAAGAUUUACAUCAAUAGUUCGAAUUUGUACGAUUGAUUACCCAGACAGGGAGCAGUUGCAGACUAUCUACAGUGCCUACCUUCAGCCAGUGCUGCACAGAAGCUUAAAGAACCAUGGGGCCUGGGGAUCAGCAGGCAAAAUCCACCAGCUGGCAGGAUCCAUGGUGCAGGUGUAUGAGCAGGUCAGAGCCAAGUUUACAGUGGAUGACUACAGCCACUAUCUUUUUACUCCUUGCAUUCUCACACAGUGGGUGCUGAGUCUCUUUAGAUAUGACUUGACUGGAGAAAAAUCUCGAAACACCACAGACCAUGUUUUGGAGAUCAUUGCUUAUGAAGCACGACGCCUGUUCCGUGACCGUCUUGUCACUGCAAAGGAUAUUAGCACAUUUGAUAAUAUUUUGCAGUCAGUGAUUCGUGGAGACUGGGGCUCAGACAUCUUGGAGAACAUGUCAGAUGCUUUCUAUGUAACCUGGGGGGCUGCACAUGAGGCUGGCUCAGUAAUUGCUCCUGGACAGUCCCUCCCCCCCCAUGGCAAGCCACUGGGCAGACUGAAUUCCACUGACCUGAGAGAGGUCAUCCACAAGGGUGUAGUGCUAUAUGGCAGAGACAACAGAGAGCUGGACAUACUGUUGUUUCAUGAGGUGUUGGAGUAUAUGUCUCGAGUGGACAGGGUACUGAGUUACCCAGGAGGCUCUCUCCUCUUGGCGGGGCGUGCAGGUGUCGGCCGGCGGACUGCCACCUGUGUGGUCAGCCAUAUGCAUGGAGCUACACUCUUCACACCGAAGAUAUCCAGAGGCUACGGGCUCAAACAAUUUAAAAAUGACCUGAAAAAUGUGAUGCAGAUGGCUGGAAUUGAAGGACAGCAGGUUUUACUGCUUCUUGAAGACUAUCAGUUUGUACAUCCUUCUUUUCUGGAAAUGGUCAACAGCCUGCUGUCAUCUGGAGAAGUUCCAGGUUUGUACACAAUAGAAGAACUGGAACCGUUACUGUCAACUUUAAAAGACCAGGCCUCUCAAGAUGGCUUCACUGGCCCCAUUUUUAACUAUUUUGCAUACCGAAUUCAGCAGAAUCUUCACAUGGUGUUAAUAAUGGAUUGUACCAAUUCUAACUUCACCAUUAACUGUGAGAGUAACCCUGCACUUUAUCGAAAGUGUUCUGUGCAAUGGAUGGAAGGCUGGUCUGACAGCAGCAUGAGAAAAAUUCCUGAAAUGCUGCUUUCUAAACUAAGUGGAGAUGAUGAGAAAAACACUAGUAAACAAGGACAUAAAAAGAAAGUGUCAGAACAUGCUGAUAUAACAAAAUCUUUCCUUAUGAUCCAUGAAUCUUGCAAAGAGUACAGUGCUACCCCAAGUCAAUACAUGAGUUUCCUCCACAUUUACAGUUCUAUAUACAGUAGCAAGAAAAUGGAACUAAUAAAAAGGCAGAGUCACUUACAGGCUGGUGUAUCUAAAUUAAAUGAAGCCAAAGCUUUAGUGGAUGAGCUUAAGAGUAAAGCUGCAGAUCAGAGCACCUUGCUGAGAAUGAAGCAAACGGAGGCAGAUGCAGCACUGCAGGAGAUUACAGUAUCCAUGCAGAAUGCAAGUGAUCAAAAGACUGAAAUGGAAAAGAUACAAUAUAAGAUUGCUGAAGAGGUGUCAAAAAUCGAAGAAAGAAAGGCAAAAAUUGAAGAUGAGCUUAAGGAAGUACAGCCUCUUGUAGAUGAAGCUAAACAAGCUGUUGGAAAUAUAAAACCUGAAUCGCUCUCUGAGAUCCGCUCGUUGCGCAUGCCACCUGAUGUCAUCAGGGAUAUUCUGGAAGGUGUUCUCAGACUGAUGGGGAUUUUUGACACUUCAUGGGUUAGCAUGAAGAGUUUCUUGGCAAAAAGGGGGGUAAGAGAAGAUAUAGCAACAUUUGAUGCUCGAAACAUAACACAUGAAAUUCGUGAAAGUGUUGAAGAACUUCUUCGAAGAAAUAAGGCUUCAUUUGACCCUAAGAAUGCAAAAAGAGCAAGUGCCGCAGCAGCCCCACUAGCAGCCUGGGUGAAGGCAAAUGUACAAUAUUCACAUGUCCUGGAGAGAAUCCAACCUUUGGAGAAGGAGCAGGCAGGAUUAGUGGAAAACCUGCGUAAGACUGAAAGUAGAAAAAACAAAUUGGAAGACCAGCUGAACUCUGUGGGUCAGAAAGUGAAUGAACUAAAGGAAAAGUUCCAAUCCAGGACAACAGAGGCUGCAAAACUGGAAGCUGAUGUUAGCAAGGCUCAAGAAACUAUUGAAGCUGCAGAAAAAUUGAUCCAUCAACUUGAUGGCGAACAUAAGAGAUGGAAUGCACAGGUGGCACAGAUAACUGAGGAGCUGGACACAUUGCCUAAGAGAGCCCAGCUGGCUGCUGCCUUUAUUACUUAUCUGUCUGCUGCUCCGGAGGACCAGAGGAAAGCUAGCUUACAGGAGUGGAUGAAUUCAUCUGGCCUUCAAAAGUUUGAUAUGCGACAUUUUCUGUGCUCUGAGAGUGAGCAACUUAUCUGGAAGAGUCAAGGGCUACCUUCUGAUGACCUUUCCAUGGAGAAUGCUCUUGUCAUUUUACAGAUCAAUGCCUUGAAGUCCCGGAGUUGUGCGUGUCCAUUCUUGAUAGAUCCCUCUUCACGUGCCACUGAGUGGCUGAGGACACAUCUCAAGGAGUCUCGCCUGGAGGUUAUAAACCAGCAGGACUCAAAUUUUAUCACAGCACUUGAGCUAGCUGUCCGUUUUGGAAAGACGCUUAUUAUCCAGGAGAUGGAUGGAGUGGAGCCAGUCCUUUACCCUCUCUUAAGAAGGGAUCUUAUUGCUCAAGGUCCUCGAUAUGUUGUUCAAAUUGGAGACAAAAUUAUUGACUACAAUGAAGAAUUUCGCAUGUUUCUUGCCACACGGAACCCAAAUCCCUUUAUUCCACCUGAUGCUGCUUCUAUUGUGACUGAAGUGAACUUCACUACCACCAGAGCUGGCCUUCGGGGACAGCUUUUGGCUUUAACAAUCCAGCAUGAGAAACCAGACUUGGAAACACAGAAGACUAAGCUCCUGCAACAGGAGGAAGAUAAGAAGAUCCAGUUGGCUAAACUGGAAGAAUCUCUUUUAGAGACUCUUGCCACUGCCCAGGGGAACAUCUUGGAAAACAAGAUCCUUAUUGAGUCCCUGAACAAGACCAAGGCAAGCAGUGCACUUAUCCAGGAGUCUCUCACAGAGUCGCACAGGUUGCAGGUCUCUUUGGACCAGGAACGAGAUGCCUAUCUUCCAUUAGCAGAAAGUGCCAGCAAGAUGUACUUCAUUAUAACUGACUUAUCCAAAAUUAAUAACAUGUACCGCUUCAGCCUUGCAGCAUUUCUGAGACUCUUUCAGAGAGCCCUGCAAAGCAAAAAGGAGUCUGAAAACACUGAAGUUAGAAUCACAUCCUUGAAAGCUUCUCUGAAGACAAUGGUAUACGAAUAUGUCUGUCGUUCACUGUUUAAGGCAGAUCAACUCAUGUUUGCUCUACACUUUGUGAAAGGGAUGCAUCCUGAGCUUUUCCAAGAAAAUGAAUGGGAUGCCUUCACAGGAUUGAUUGUUGGUGAUACGAUCAGAAAAACAGAUACACACAAAUCUCUGAGAGAACAGAUCCCAUCAUGGAUUGACCAGGACAGAGUAGGAGCAGUGGCAUUAUUCAAGAACACUUUCCCAUCCUUGUAUCAGAAUUUAUGUCUGGAUGAUGCAGAUCUCUGGGUUACAUUCUCCUGCAGUUCAGCCUGUGAACAGGACUUCCCACCUUCUGUUGUAAAGAAAAUAUCACCGUUUCAGCAGGUCCUCACUGUCCAAGCAAUCCGACCAGACAGACUUCAAAGUGCUAUGGCUUUCUUUGCAUCCCAGGCUCUGGGCAUGAAAGAGCUUUCUCCACCACCUUUGAAUCUGAAGAGAAUGUAUAAGGAAACACUGGAAAUUGAGCCAGUCCUGAUCAUCAUUUCACCUGGGGCUGAUCCUUCCCAGGAGCUCCUGGAACUAGCUAGCGAGACAGUUGGCAAGGAGAGCUACCAUGAGGUGGCUAUGGGCCAGGGCCAAGCUGACAUAGCCAUUCAGGCUCUUAAAGAAUGUGCACGCAAUGGAGAAUGGCUUUGUUUAAAAAAUCUACAUCUGGUUACAGCCUGGCUUCCCCUGCUAGAAAAGGAAUUAAAUGCUCUUCAACCCAAAGCUAGCUUUCGCCUCUGGCUUACAGCUGAAGUCCAUCCAAAGUUCACUCCCAUACUACUUCAGUCCAGUUUGAAGAUUACGUAUGAGGCCCCUCCAGGCCUGAAAAAGAACUUGAUGAGGACAUAUGAAUCCUGGUCCCCUGAACAGAUCAGCAAGAAAGGUCUGGUGCCUCGAGCUCAGUCCCUGUUUUGCCUGGCAUGGUUCCAUGCAGUGUGCCAAGAAAGAAGGAAUUAUAUCCCUCAAGGAUGGACAAAAUUCUACGAGUUCUCUCUCUCAGAUCUUCGUGCUGGAUUUGAUAUCAUUGACAGGCUUUUUGAAGGAUCUAGGGAUGUGCAGUGGGAGUUCGUUCACGGUCUGCUGGAAAAUGCCAUCUACGGUGGUCGUAUUGACAACCUGUUUGAUCUUCGCAUUUUAAGAUCCUACCUGGAGCAGUUUUUUAACUGCAGACUUAUCACAGGGUCCCAGACACGCAGCAAGAAACUGACGGCCUUUCCUUUCCAAAUCUCUCUACCUAGUUCCUGCAGCAUUAUAGAUUACCGCAACAUUGUUGAAAAUCUGCCAGAGGAUGACAGACCAUCUUUCUUUGGUCUGCCAGCAAACAUAGAGCGUUCAUCCCAGCACAUCAUUAGUUCCCAGGUGAUUUCUCAGCUGCGAAUCUUGAGCAGAUCCAUCACUGCAGGUUCUAAGUUUGAUAGGGAAAUCUGGUCAAAUGAGCUCUCCCCUAUCCUCAACCUGUGGAAGAAACUUAAUCAGGGUUCUUCACUGAUUCAUCAGAAGGUAGCACCUCCCAGCGAGAGCCAGGCCUCCCCUGUUUUGUCCUUCAUCAUCCUGGAGCAGUUCAACGCCAUUCGUUUAGUGCAGAGUAUCCACCAGUCCCUGGCAGCUCUCAGUAAAGUCAUACGGGGCACAUCCCUGCUGACAUCAGAAGUGCAGAAACUUGCCACAGCCUUACUGAACCAGGAAUGUCCACAGAGCUGGCAGAGCAAGUGGGAAGGCCCAGAAGAUCCUAUGCAGUACCUCAGAGCAGUGGUAGCACGAGCACUUGCUAUACAGAGCUGGGUAGAAAAGGCAGGAAGACAGAGUUUGCUCUCUGAUGCUCUGGACCUGUCCGAACUCUUCCACCCCGACACUUUCCUUAAUGCGCUAAGACAGGAGACAGCACGAUUAAUGGGUUGUUCCAUGGACAGCCUGAAGUUUGUAGCAUCUUGGAAAAGCAGAAUCACGGAGGCAAAGCUGCAGGUUAAGAUUGAUGGCUUGAAAUUGGAAGGAUGUAGUUUUGACGGAAACCGUCUUUCAGAGAACCAGCAUGACUCUCCCAGCGUGUCACCAGUGCCCCCUUGUUAUAUGGCCUGGAUUCCUCAGAGUGCCAGUGGAUGCUACUCUCCUGAAGAAUGCAUCUCGUUGCCUUUGUACACAAGUGCAGAGCGAACACGUGUGGUAACCAACAUCGAUGUGCCCUGUGGGGGAAACUCUGACCAGUGGAUCCAGUGUGGGGCAGCACUGUUUUUAAAACAGCAGUAACAUUCACACAGCUGGGUAAUAAUACUCUAAAUAACUAUAAUAUCUGUUCGAAAGACAUGUAUUAAUGUCGAUUCCAAUGUAUAAUUUAAUGUUUUAAUACUUUACAAAUUGAUUACUGUCUGGCGUUCAUGUUUUUGCAUUUGUUUAUAGUGACUCCUUUAUGUAUAAAAUGUGAUUUCAGUGAAAUGGCAGUGAUGAGCUUGGAUCAGAUUGAAUAAAAGAUUGUUUGAAAGUUCUGCCCAAUACAUUACGCAAACAUUAAUAUCUGAAUUUGUUCGACUAUUUUUUGUAAAAUCCAAAGGUAUUAGCUGGUGUAUGGUGAGAUGCUUUCUUAGAAAGUCAAGAUGCUUAGUUUGUAUAAUAGUCCUCUCCUUUUUCUUCAGACCUGAUUAAAACAAUACUCUUCUUUUUCAGUUUUUUUGAAUAAGACUGUUAAGUUAUUGGGAAUAUCAUUUAUGACAAACCUGUUCAUAGUCUUGGGUUAAAAAGACUGCUAAAUAAAUGAAACACUUCAUACUGUUUAUACUCUAUAAAAAUAUCUCUUUACUGUGUGCUACUUUACUGUAUAAACAGUAUCUUGAACUAUGACCAGAUUCAAUGUACUCCUGUUAUUUCCCAAUUAUAUCUUAAAAAUUGUAAAAAAUAUUAAACAAAUGACUUGUUAUUGA